GACAUCCAACUCUGCCGGAACGAAGCGUGGAAAGAGGAGCAUCGAGGGAGACGGACAGCAAUCUUUGCUAUCCACCCACAUCUUUCGAGACACCAAUUCUAACAUUCCGUGACAAGUAGGCAAUCAUGCAGAUCUUCGUCAAGACCCUGACGGGCAAGACUAUCACCCUUGAGGUGGAGUCGUCCGACACCAUCGACAAUGUCAAGUCCAAGAUCCAGGACAAGGAGGGCAUCCCCCCCGACCAGCAGCGCCUGAUCUUCGCCGGAAAGCAGCUCGAGGACGGCCGCACCCUCUCCGACUACAACAUCCAGAAGGAGUCCACUCUCCACCUGGUCCUGCGCCUGCGUGGUGGUAUGGCCAAGAAGCGCAAGAAGAAGGUCUACACCACCCCCAAGAAGAUCAAGCACAAGCGCAAGAAGACCAAGUUGGCUGUCCUCAAGUACUACAAGGUCGACUCUGACGGCAAGAUCGAGCGCCUUCGCCGCGAGUGCCCCUCCGACACCUGCGGUGCCGGUGUUUUCAUGGCCGCCAUGAACGACCGCCAGUACUGCGGCCGCUGCCACCUCACCUACGUCUUCGACAAGAAGGAGUAAACUUCCUUUUUUGUUUCGCGGGCGCGAGGUUACGGAAAACAAAGCGACAAUUAUGGGAGGAUCGGUUCAGGGUUAGCAUUCUAGUCGGCAGAAAGCCGCACACAAAAUGGGGGCGUUGAUGUACACAUCACUGGCUGGCAA